CACUGAUACUGCGCGAAGCGACCUGACCGAAUUACACCCUCAAGUCCCUCGCCAUCCGCAUCACAAUGGGUUGGUUCUCGUCAUCCUCCUCCGACGGCUCGGGCCCAAAGAAAACGGCCGACGGCGCAUUCGUGGCCCCGACCAAAUCGACGCGGCAAAAGUGCUACGAGUCGCGCGAUGCUUUCUUCGAGUGUCUCGACCGGAACAACAUCCUCGACAGCGUAAACUCCAAGAAGGGCAGAGACGCGGCGGCGAAAGCGUGCGGCCCGGCCGACCAGGCAUUCGAGAAGAACUGCGCACAUAGCUGGGUCGAAUACUUCAAGAAGCAGCGAGUCGUCAACUACCAGAAAGAGCAGACUAUAAAGAAGAUCGAAGCCGAAGGCGGCGAGGUCAUGCCACCUCAGUUACCCGUGGGAAGCAACAGGUAAAAUGUGGCGACUGCGAUGUAAUCGAGGAAACUUGGACAUACUGUAUAAUAUGUGUACCGCAUCAGCAUCACUGUCUCUGGCCAGAGGGCAGUUGUAAUAGUAACGCCGCUUCACGACCACUGCA